AUGGCCAAGCUCAGUAUUGCUACACUUGAGGGUAUGAAGAGAAUCACACGCAACCGUAUGAGACGGGGUGUACUUCAUGUCAGCCUUGCGCCAAGUCCUGAUUCUUCUACUGCUGGUUAUCAGCCUCCAUCGUCUGGACGGCAUUCAUCUCGUCCUGAUAGGCCGGUGCUCCUACGAUUCCCGGUUGAGAUCCUGAAGAACAUUCUUGAAUAUCUUGAACCAAUCUGGCUGAUUCAAGUCGCCUCUGCAUACCCUGACAUCAACAAAGUUUUAGGGUUUCAGCAAUCGAAUAGGAUAUGGUAUGACGCUCUCCCCGCCGCUCUUUUCCUUGAGCCCGAGAGCUUUCAAGAUGAGGUGCUCGUUGAAAAUCGCAAGAUGGCUUAUACAAGUGGAGAUGGGACGGACACGACUUUGCAACUAUCGACGAACCACUUCCGCAAUGAAACGUUCUACUACGGUUCGACUCGGAGCUCUCGGUUUGUCCUACCAGUUCUAUUGGGUUUGAGUGAGCUUUCCUUAAACCUGGACUUCUCUUAUGAUACCACGCAUCCCCAUGAUCGACGAUUCUAUCCGACAACUCCUACGCGGGUGAGGGUCAUGGCCCUAGGUGGUCCAUACCAACCCUGGCUUGAUUACAGACGAGAGAUCACUGGUCACCUACACUAUAAUAUGAGAUGCUGUAUCUGCCUUGAGCUCACUGGAAGAUAUCGCCGCUACAAGCAGAUUUGGGGAUUGAAGUGGUGCACCAAAUGCUAUGAUCAUUAUAUGCUGGAUCCUGCCCAAGUUUCGAAAAUCCCCGGUCUUGUCAUGCUUAUUAAACGUUUCGCAUAUGUUAGCAGUAUCCGUCUUAGAGAGAAGCCCCAGAAUUAUGAGUACCGCCCUAUGGUCGACGAAAUUCUGCGCGCAAGAAUCGGAAUCGACUUUGAGACUGCUGUCAACGUUCAAUGUUACAUCCUCCAGCUUUUGCAGACGUGGAAGGGCGGACCUCAAUGUGAACAACUCAGAGUUAAUCGCUCCCGGCUUCGGGGAGACAUUGUCAAACGUGCGCAAGAGAUCUGGCAAAGUAUAAAGCUCAAGGGAAAUGAGAAUUUCGUUGAGAAGACAGGUGAUCUUGCGGUGAGACGACUUGCGAUUCAGAAGAAGAUCAUCGUUCACGCGCGGGAGCGGUGGGCUCCUGCCUCAGUCCUUCCGACUUUCUUGUUCCCUUCCCGACUUCUGACCGAUGCCGACCUUUGGUUACCUUACGAUCCUGAUGAACAAUGGCUUCCAGACCCGACACUUCAGCUCGAGACAAGCCGAGAUGUACUUCGGGCUGGGACUGGUUGGGUGGACCAAAAGGCUAGGGAGAUGUUGCUCGAAUUGGUAAUCUACAAGCCGGACAUGGCAAUCAGCACCUGGGUCAAGGCUGCCGAACAGUGGCAUAUUCAACGAAUCACGCAAGAUCUCUACUCGGGAAAAUAUCUGAAUCUUGAAUACGGAGGCCAUCGUUUGCGAAGGCUCGAAAAUGUAGGAACCCCCGAAAACAAUCGGCUGGACGUCAUCGCCAAAAAAUUGCGGAUUGAUCCGUUGUUCCCUGUGGGCACUCUGACUGAGCACGAGAAUAAGAUGGCGGUCGCCAGUUUCAUCAGACUCAUACGGCACCGGUGUGCAGGCUGUCCUAUCAACAACCUACUCAUUCUACCCUGUGGGCUCAAGGAGAUUGUGCAGCAUUUCGGCCAGUAUCAUCCGUACGAAUUCUGGUUGAAUGACAAGUGGACAGUUCGAGGAUGA